AUGAAUAAUUAUAAUGAAACACCUAUUUUAAAAUCCAAAAUUGUCAAAGAUGAAUUUUAUCAAAAAAAUUACAAGGAAAUGUCUGCAAUGGUAGACACCUUAAAUGAUAGAUUAAGUUUGGCAGCAAAUCAAGGUGGUAAAAAGGCAAUUUCCCAACAUCUUAAAAGAGGUCAAUUAUUAGUUCGUGAUAGAAUUGAUUUAUUGUUAGAUGAAGAUUCUCCCUUCUUGGAAUUGUGCCCUUUAGCCGGUUGGGGUCAGGAGGAUAUGACACUGGGAGGAUCAGUGGUGGCAGGCAUUGGACUUGUAUGUGGAGUAGAAUGUUUGAUAAGCGGAAACGUGCCAACCUUAUUUGGUGGCUCAUCGAAUGAAAUCAGCGUAUUGAAAAGUUCACGAAUUUCCACAAUUUCUUUGGAAAACGGUUUACCAUAUAUUCAAUUAAUACAAACAGGUGGUGCAAAAUUGGAUCAACAGUUUCGUGUUUUUCACCCAGGUGGUGCACAAUUUAGAUAUUUGGCUGAGCGUACAAAAAUUGGAUUACCAACUUGUAGUAUAGUGUUUGGUAGCUCGACAGCAGGUGGUGCCUAUACACCAAGUCUGACUGAUUAUGUGAUUAUGGUAAAAAACCAGGCACAAGUAUUUCUUGGUGGCCCACCCCUUGUUAAAAUGGCAACAGGUGAGGUGGUUGAUGCUGAAAGUUUAGGUGGUGCCGAUAUGCAUAGUAGAAAAUCCGGUGUGUCGGAUCAACUUGCAUUAGAUGAAUAUGAUGCUAUUAAAAAAGCUCGUGAAUUUGUUGGUAAACUAAAUUGGACAAAACGUGGUUUAAUACCAUCAAGACAUUUUUCAUCAAAAAUAGAACCACCUUUAUAUGAUUUAGAUGAACUUUUGGGUAUUGUAUCAUCAAAUAUUAAGAUUCCUUUCGAUGCAAAUGAAGUAAUUACACGUAUUGUCGAUGGAUCAAGAUUUACAAGUUUUAAAUCACUUUAUGGGCAAAAUCUUAUUACAGGGUGGGGUUAUAUUCAUGGAUUUAUGGUCGGUAAAAAAUUUGAAGAAGAGGGAAUAAUUAAAGCAGGAGUACAGUUUGUAAACGCAGUAAGUAAUAGUGAAGUACCUGCUAUUACUAUAAUGAUGGGUGCAUCUUAUGGAGCUGGUAAUUAUGCCAUGUGUGGUAGAGCUUUUAAACCUAGUAAAUGUUCUGUUAUGGGAGCUGAACAAUUAAUAGGAGUAAUGGAUUUGAUUAUGAGAGAAGCUGCUUCUAGGGUGGGAAAAUCAAUUAACGAAGAGGAAGCAUCAGUACGUAACAAAUUGCUUCAAAACAUGGUAGAACAAGAAUCAGAUGUAUAUUAUACCACAUCAAGACUUUUAGAUGAUGGGGUUAUUGAUCCAAGGAUGACCAGAGUUGUUAUUGGGUUUUGUUUAAGCGUAAUAUAUAAUGUAAAAGUUCAAGGUGGUCAUUUAGGUGGUGUUAGUAGAAUGUAA